GGCACUGAGCUCCUGGAGACAGCCUGCCGCGGGGCCUCGGGUCGGCCUUCCCGCGCUCCGGGAGCCCGGUCGGCGGCGCGAUGAGGCGCAGCAAGGCCGACGUGGAGCGGUAUAUCGCCUCCGUGCAGGGUUCCGCCCCGUCGCCGCGAGAGAAGUCAAUGAAAGGAUUCUAUUUUGCGAAGCUGUACUACGAAGCUAAAGAAUAUGAUCUUGCUAAAAAAUACAUAUCUACAUAUAUUAAUGUGCAAGAGAGGGAUCCCAAAGCUCACAGAUUUUUGGGUCUUCUCUAUGAAGCUGAAGAAAACACAGACAAAGCUGUUGAAUGUUAUAAGCGUUCAGUGGAAUUAAAUCCAACACAAAAAGAACUUGUGUUGAAGAUUGCAGAAUUACUUUGUAAAAAUGAUGUUACUGAUGGAAGAGCAAAAUACUGGGUUGAAAGAGCAGCUAAACUUUUCCCAGGAAGUCCUGCAAUUUAUAAGUUAAAGGAACAGCUUUUAGAUUGUAAAGGUGAAGAUGGAUGGAAUAAACUUUUUGACUUGAUUCAGUCAGAACUUUAUACAAGACCUGAUGAUGUCCAUGUGAAUAUACGACUAGUGGAGCUGUAUCGAUCAAAUAAAAGAUUGAAGGAUGCUGUGGCCCACUGUCAUGAGGCAGAGAGGAGCAUAGCUUUGCGUUCAAGUUUAGACUGGAAUUUAUGUGUGGUGCAGACCCUUACGGAAUAUCUGGAGUCUUUACAGUGUUUGGAAUCUGAUAAAAAUGACUGGCGAGCGACCAAUAAAGACUUACUUCUGGCUUAUGCUAACCUUAUGCUACUUACACUUUCCACCAGAGAUGUUCAAGAAAGUAGAGAAUUACUGGAAAGGUUUGAUAGUGCUCUUCAGUCUGUGAAAUCCUCUGUAGGUGGAAAUGAUGAACUGUCAGUUACUUUCUUAGAAAUGAAAGGACAUUUCUACAUGCAUGCUGGUUCUCUGCUUUUGAAGAUGGGUCAGCAUAGUGAUGUACAAUGGCGAGCUCUCUCUGAGCUGGCAGCAUUGUGCUAUCUCAUAGCAUUUCAGGUCCCGAGACCAAAGAUUAAAUUAAUAAAAGGAGAAACUGGACAGAAUUUACUGGAAAUGAUGGCCCAUGAUCGUCUCAGCCAAUCAGGGCACAUGUUGCUGAAUUUAAGUCGUGGCAAGCAAGAUUUUUUAAAGGAGGUUGUGGAGUCUUUUGCCAAUAAAAGUGGACAGUCUGCCUUGUAUGAUGCUCUGUUUUCUAGUCAAUCACCUAAGGAGAGAUCUUUCCUUGGUAAUGAUGAUAUUGGAAACAUUGAUGUACAAACUCCAGAGCCUGCUGAUUUGGCUAGAUAUGAUGUUGGUGCUAUUCGAGCACACAAUGGUAGUCUUCAGCACCUUACUUGGCUUGGCUUGCAAUGGAAUUCACUGCCUGCUUUACCUGCAAUUCGAAAAUGGCUGAAACAGCUUUUUCAUCAUUUGCCUCAAGAAACCUCACGACUUGAAACAAAUGCACCUGAAUCAAUAUGUCUUUUAGAUCUUGAAGUAUUUUUACUUGGAGUAAUAUAUACCAGCCACUUACAAUUAAAGGAGAAGUAUAAUUCUCACUGCAGCUCCUAUCAGCCAUUGUGCUUGCCACUUCCUGUGUGUAAACAACUUUGUACAGAAAGACAAAAAUCUUGGUGGGAUGCAGUCUGUAACCUAAUUCACAGAAAGGCAAUACCUGGAACUUCAGCAAAAUUACGACUUCUGGUUCAGCAUGAAAUUAACACUUUAAGAGCCCAGGAAAAACAUGGCCUUCAACCUGCUCUGCUUGUGUACUGGGCAAAAUGCCUUCAGAAAACAGGCAGCAGUCUUAAUUCUUUUUAUGAUCAACGGGAAUACAUAAGCAGAAGUGUUCAUUAUUGGAAGAAAGUUAUACCAUUGUUGAAGACAAUCAAAAAGAAAAGCAGUAUUCCUGAACCUACUGAUCCUUUGUUUAAACAUUUUCAUAGUGCAGACAUUCAGGCAUCUGAAGUUGGUGAAUAUGAAGAAGAUGCACAUAUAACUUUUGCUAUAUUGGAUGUGGUUAAUGGAAAUAUAGAAGAUGCUCUGACUGCCUUUGAAUCUAUAAAAAGUGUUGUUUCUUACUGGAAUCUUGCACUGAUUUUUCACAGGAAAGCAGAAGACAUUGAAAAUGAUUCCCUUUCUCCUGAAGAACAAGAAGAAUGCAAAAAUUAUCUGCGAAAGACCAGGGACUACCUAAUAAAGAUUUUAGAUGACAGUGAUUCAAAUCUUUCAGUGGUCCAGAAAUUGCCUGUGCCACUGGAGUCUGUAAAAGAGAUGCUUAACUCAGUAAUGCAGGAACUUGAAGAUUAUAGUGAUGGAGGUCCUCUUUAUAAAAAUGGUUGUUUGCGAAAUGCAGAUUCAGAAAUAAAACAUUCUACACCAUCUCCCACAAAAUAUUCUCUAUCACCAAGUAAAAGUUACAAGUAUUCUCCCAAAACACCUCCUCGAUGGGCAGAAGAUCAAAACUCUCUAUUGAAAAUGAUCUGCCAACAAGUAGAGGCCAUUAAGAAAGAAAUGCAGGAGUUGAAACUAAAUAGCAGUAACUCAGCAUCCCCUCAUCGGUGGCCCGCAGAGAAUUAUGGACCAGAUCCAGUGCCUGAUGGGUAUCAAGGAUCACAGACUUUUCAUGGGGCUCCAUUAACAGUUGCAACUACUGGCCCUUCAGUAUAUUAUAGUCAGUCACCAGCAUAUAAUUCCCAGUAUCUUCUCAGACCAGCAGCUAAUGUUACUCCCACAAAGGGUCCGGUUUAUGGCAUGAAUAGGCUUCCACCACAACAGCAUAUUUAUGCCUAUUCACAACAGAUGCACACACCACCAGUGCAAAGCUCAUCUGCUUGUAUGUUCUCUCAGGAAAUGUACGGUCCUCCGUUGCGUUUUGAAUCUCCUGCAACAGGAAUUCUGUCACCCAGGGGUGAUGAUUACUUUAAUUACAAUGUUCAGCAGACAAGCACAAAUCCCCCUUUACCAGAACCAGGGUACUUCACAAAGCCUCCAGUUGCAGCUCAUGCUUCAAGAUCUGCAGAUUCUAAAGUCAUAGAAUUUGGAAAAACUAAUUUUGUUCAGCCCAUGCCGGGUGAAGCAAUACGGCCAUCAUUGACAACACCGGCACAUACGACACAGCCAACUCCUUUUAAAUUUAACUCAAAUUUCAAGUCAAAUGAUGGUGACUUCACAUUUUCUUCACCACAGGUUGUGACGCAACCCACUUCUACACCUUAUAGUAACAGUGAAAGCCUUUUAGGUCUCCUGACUUCAGAUAAACCUUUGCAAGGAGACAGCUGUAGUGGACCAAAACCAGUUCCUGGUCAAACUGUUGGGCCUCGAAAUACAUUCAGUUUUGGAAGUAAAAAUGUUCCUGGAAUCUCAUUUACAGAAAACAUGGGACCAAAUCAGCAAAAGAGUUCUGGUUUUCGUCGAAGUGAUGAUAUGUUUACUUUCCAUGGUCCAGGGAAAUCUAUAUUUGGAGCACCUGCUCCAGAACCGACAAAUAAGAAUCAUGAAACAGAUGGAGGAAGUGCCCAUGGGGAUGAUGAUGAUGAUGGUCCUCACUUUGAGCCUGUGGUACCACUUCCUGAUAAAAUUGAAGUAAAAACAGGUGAGGAAGAUGAAGAAGAAUUCUUCUGCAACCGUGCAAAAUUGUUCCGUUUUGAUGGAGAAUCCAAAGAAUGGAAGGAACGUGGGAUAGGCAAUGUAAAAAUACUAAGGCAUAAGACAUCUGGUAAAAUUCGACUUCUAAUGAGACGAGAACAAGUAUUAAAAAUCUGUGCAAAUCAUUACAUCAGUCCAGAUAUGAAACUAACACCAAAUGCUGGAUCAGAUAGAUCUUUUGUAUGGCAUGCCCUUGAUUAUGCAGAUGAAUUGCCAAAACCAGAACAGCUUGCUAUUAGAUUCAAAACUCCUGAGGAAGCAACACUUUUUAAGUGUAAGUUUGAAGAAGCCCAAAACCUUUUAAAAGCCUCAGGAACAAAUGUAGCCAAAACACCAAAUCAGACCAUCAGAAUUGUAAAAGAACCUGCAAGUCAUGAGAACAAAGAUAUUUGCAAAUCUGAUGAUGGAAACCUGAAUUUUGAAUUUCAAGUUGCAAAGAAAGAAGGCUCUUGGUGGCAUUGUAACAGCUGCUCGUUAAAGAAUGUUGCAACUGCUAAGAAAUGUGUAUCAUGCCAAAAUCUAAACCCAAGUAAUAAUGAACUCAUAGGUUCAUCGUUAGUAGAAACUGGUUCUACUCCUAAAACUGGCCCAGAAAAUGCUCAAGAUAGAUUUGCAUCAAUGACUCCAAAGAAAGAAGGCCACUGGGACUGUAGUAUUUGUUUAGUAAGAAAUGAACCUACUGUAUCUAGGUGCAUUGCAUGUCAGAAUACAAAGUCUCCUAACAAAACUGGAUCUUCCUUUGUUCAUCAAAGUUCUUUUAAAUUCAGCCAGGGAGAUCUUCCUAAGUCUGUUAACAGUGAUUUCAGAUCUGUAUUUUCUGCAAAGGAAGGACACUGGGAUUGCAUUGUUUGUUUGGUAAGAAAUGAAGCAAGCUCUACAAAAUGUGUUGCUUGUCAGAAUCCAAGAAAACAGAGUCUGCCUACUACUUCUGUUUCAGAACCUGCCUCUUUUAAGUUUGGUACUUCAGAGAUCARUGUAACUCCAAAGAGUGGAUUUGAGGACAUGUUUGCUAAGAAGGAAGGACAAUGGGAUUGCAGUGUGUGUUUGGUAAGAAAUGAAGCAAGCUCUGCAAAAUGUGUUGCUUGUCAGAAUCCAAGAAAACAGAGUCUACCUACUACUUCUGUUUCAGAACCUGCCUCUUUUAAGUUUGAUACUUCAGAAAUCAGUGUAACUCCAAAGAGUGGAUUUGAGGACAUGAUUGUUAAGAAGGAAGGACAGUGGGAUUGCAGUUCAUGCUCAGUGCGAAAUGAAGCAAAUGCUACAAGAUGUAUUGCUUGUCAGAAUCCUGCUAAGCCAAGUACAUCCACUUCUGCUGUUCCAGCUUCUGCUUCUUUCAAGUUUGGUACUUCAGAGAUAAGCAAGGUUCCAAAGAGUGGAUUUGAGGGAAUGUUCACCAAGAAGGAUGGACAGUGGGAUUGUAGUUUAUGCUUAGUACGAAAUGAAGCAAGUGCUACCCAAUGUAUUGCUUGUCAGAAUCCAAAUAAACAGAAUCAGCCUACAACUGUUACGGCGCCUGCCUCUUCAGAGGUAAGCAAGGCUCCAAAGAAUGGAUUUGAAGGAAUGUUUGCCAAAAAGGAAGGACAGUGGGAUUGUAGUGUUUGUUUUGUACAAAAUGAGAGUACUUCUUUAAAAUGUGUUGCUUGUGAUGCUGCUAAACCAGCUCACAAACCUAUUGCAGAAGCUCCUUCAGCUUUCACAGUGGGCUCAAAAACGAAGAUAAAUGACUCUUCUGAAAGUCGUGUGGGGACAGGAUUUAAAGGUAACUUUCCAGAAAAAACUUCUAAAUUUGGCAUUACAGAGCAAGGAUUUAAAUUUGGGCAUGCGGAUCAAGAAAACACACCUUCAUUUACAUUUCAGGGUUCUUCUAAUACAGAAUUUAAGUCAAUAAAAGACGGAUUUAGUUUUUCCAUCCCUGUGUCUGCUGAUGGGUUUAAAUUUGGCAUUCAAGAACAGGGAAAUCAAGAGAAGAAAAGUGGAAAGCAACUUGAAAAUGACACCAGUUCCCAGGCUCAGGAUGCUCAUAGUCAGAAGAGUAGCAGUGGUGUAAUUUUUGGUCAGACAAGCAGCACUUUUACCUUUGCAGAUCUUGCAAAGUCAACUUCAGGAGAAGGAUUUCAAUUUGGCAAGAAAGACCCUAAUUUUAAGGGAUUUUCAGGUGCUGGAGAAAAAUUAUUCUCAUCACAAAGUGGUAAAAUGACUGAAAAAGCCAGCACUUCUGCUGAUCUUGAGAAAGAUGAUGAUGCCUAUAAAACUGAGGACAGUGAUGACAUCCAUUUUGAACCAGUAGUACAAAUGCCUGAAAAAGUGGAACUUGUAACAGGAGAAGAAGAUGAAAAAGUUCUGUAUUCACAGCGAGUGAAAUUAUUUAGGUUUGAUGCUGAGAUAAGUCAGUGGAAAGAAAGGGGUUUGGGGAACUUAAAAAUUCUCAAAAAUGAAGUCAAUGGUAAACUAAGAAUGCUGAUGCGAAGGGAACAAGUAUUAAAAGUAUGUGCCAAUCACUGGAUAACGACUACGAUGAACCUCAAGCCUCUCUCUGGAUCAGAUCGAGCAUGGAUGUGGUUAGCUAGUGAUUUCUCUGAUGGCGAUGCCAAACUGGAACAGCUGGCAGCAAAAUUUAAAACACCAGAGUUAGCUGAAGAAUUCAAGCAGAAAUUUGAAGAGUGCCAGCGACUUCUGUUAGAUAUUCCACUUCAAACUCCCCAUAAACUAGUUGAUACUGGCAGAGCUGCCAAAUUAAUACAGAGAGCUGAGGAAAUGAAGAGUGGACUGAAAGAUUUCAAAACAGUUUUGACAAAUGAUCAAACAAAAGUCACUGAUGAAGGGAAUAAGAGUUCAGGUACAGAUGCUGCCAGUGCCUCAGACACAACAGUCAAGCCAGAUUCUGAAAACACUGGGCCCACUUUAGAGUGGGAUAACUAUGACUUAAGGGAAGAUGCUUUGGAUGAUAGUGUAAGCAAUAGCUCAGUACAUGCUUCUCCAUUGGCAAGCAGCCCCGUGAGAAAAAACCUCUUCCGCUUUGGUGAAUCAACAACAGGAUUUAACUUUAGUUUUAAAUCUGCUUUGAGCCCAUCUAAGUCUCCUGCCAAGUUGAAUCAGAGUGGGACCUCUGUUGGCACUGAUGAAGAAUCUGAUGUUACUCAAGAAGAAGAGAGAGAUGGACAAUACUUUGAACCUGUUGUACCUUUACCUGAUCUAGUUCAAGUGUCCAGUGGUGAGGAAAAUGAGCAAGUUGUUUUUAGUCACAGAGCAAAACUCUAUAGAUAUGAUAAAGAUGUUAGUCAGUGGAAAGAAAGGGGCAUUGGUGAUAUAAAGAUCUUACAGAAUUAUGAUAAUAAGCAAGUUCGCAUAGUGAUGAGAAGAGACCAGGUAUUAAAGCUUUGUGCCAAUCACAGAAUAACUCCAGACAUGACUUUACAAAGUAUGAAAGGGACAGAAAGAGUAUGGGUGUGGACUGCCUGUGAUUUUGCAGAUGGAGAAAGAAAAGUAGAACAUUUAGCUGUCCGUUUUAAACUACAGGAUGUUGCAGACUCCUUUAAGAAAAUUUUCGAUGAAGCAAAAACAGCCCAAGAAAAAGAUUCUUUGAUAACACCUUAUGUUUCUCGUUCAGGCACUCCUAGAGAGUCACCAUGUGGCAAAAUUGCUGUAGCAGUAUUGGAAGAAACCACAAGAGAAAGGACAGAUUUAAUACAGGGUGAUGAUGUACCAGAUGCAAAUUCAGAAGUUGGAGAAGUGUCUAGCACAUCUGAAACAACAACAAAAGCAGUGGUUUCUCCUCCAAAGUUUGUAUUUGGUUCAGAGUCUGUGAAAAGCAUUUUCAGUAGUGAAAAAUCAAAACCAUUUGCAUUUGGCAAUAGUUCAGCCACUGGGUCUUUGUUUGGAUUUAGUUUUAAUGCACCUUUGAAAAACCACAAUAGUGAAACCAGUACAGUAGUCCAGAGUGGAUCUGAAAGAAAAGUGGAACCUAACAAAUGUGAACUGUCAGAGAACUCUAUCAAACAAUCUUCAAAUGGCAAAGUCAAAAGUCUGUUUGCUUCCUUUCCAAAGGAAGAAUCUUCAACUAAUUACACAUUUAAAACACCAGAAAAGGGAUUUAAUUUUAGCUUAUUUAAAUCUAAUCCAAUGGCCUUUUGGACCAGCACCCCUUCCUCACAGACUGAGAGCAAAGCAGAAGAGAAGAAAAAACUGGAAGAUCCUCCCUCAGAUGAUGAUGUUCUCAUUGUUUAUGAACUAACCCCUACUCCUGAGCAAAAAGCACUUGCAACCAAACUUAAACUUCCUCCAACUUUCUUCUGCUAUAAGAAUAAACCAGAUUAUGUUAGUGAAGAAGAGGAGGAUGAUGAAGAUUUUGAAAUGGCUGUCAGGAAACUUAAUGGAAAACUCUAUCUGGAUGACUCAGAAAAACAUAGGCCAUUAGAAGAAAAUCUAGCAGAUAAUGAAAAAGAAUGUGUUAUUGUUUGGGAAAAGACACCAACAGUUGAAGAGAAAGCAAAAGCAGAUUCAUUAAAGCUUCCACCUACAUUUUUUUGUGGAGUUUGCAGUGAUACUGAUGAGGACAAUGGAAAUGGGGAAGACUUUCAAUCAGAGCUUCAAAAAGUUCAGGAAGCUCAGAAAUCCCAGAGUGAGGAAAUAACUAGCACAACUGACAGUGUGUAUACAGGUGGGACUGAAGUGACUGCAGCAUUUUUCUGUAAAUCUGAAGAACCUGAUUCUGUGGACAAACCUAUUAGUUCAUCAUCUGUUUCCUCUGGAACUGUGGACAAACCUGUAGAUUUGUCUACUAGAAAGGAAAGUGAUACAGAAUCUACAAGUCAAGUGGAAAGUAAAACAGUUUCAUUUGGAUUUGGAGGUGGUACAGGACUGUCAUUUGCAGAUUUGGCUUCUAGUAAUUCUGGGGAUUUUGCUUUUGGUCCUAAAGAUAAAAAUUUCCAGUGGGCAAAUACUGGAGCAACUGUGUUUGGAACACAAUCAACCAGUAAAGCUGGUGAAGAUGAAGAUGGUAGUGAUGAAGAAGUAGUUCAUAAUGAAGAUAUUCAUUUUGAACCAAUAGUGUCAUUACCAGAGGUAGAAGUAAAAUCUGGAGAAGAAGAUGAAGAAAUUUUGUUUAAAGAGAGAGCUAAACUUUAUAGGUGGGAUAGAGAUGUCAGUCAGUGGAAGGAGCGGGGUGUUGGAGAUAUAAAGAUUCUUUGGCAUACAAUGAAGAAUUACUAUCGGAUCCUAAUGAGAAGAGACCAGGUGUUUAAAGUGUGUGCAAACCAUGUUAUCACCAAAACAAUGGAAUUAAAACCCCUAAAUGUUUCAAAUAAUGCUUUAGUUUGGACUGCUUCAGAUUAUGCUGAUGGAGAAGCAAAAGUGGAGCAACUUGCAGUGAGAUUUAAAACAAAAGAAAUGGCUGAGUCUUUUAAGAAAAAAUUUGAAGAAUGUCAGCAAAAUUUAUUGAAACUCCAGAAAGGACAGGUGUCUCUGGCAGCAGAGUUAUCAAAGGAGACAAAUCCUGUGGUAUUUUUUGAUGUUUGUGCGGAUGGUGAACCUCUGGGACGUAUAACCAUGGAAUUAUUUUCAAACAUUGUUCCUCAAACUGCUGAGAACUUCAGAGCACUGUGCACUGGAGAGAAGGGCUUUGGUUUUAAGAACUCCAUUUUUCACAGAGUAAUUCCAGAUUUCGUUUGCCAAGGGGGAGAUAUCACCAAACAUGAUGGAACAGGAGGACAGUCCAUUUAUGGAGAUAAAUUUGAAGAUGAAAACUUUAAUGUGAAACAUACCGGUCCUGGCUUACUCUCUAUGGCCAAUCGAGGCCGGGAUACUAAUAAUUCUCAAUUUUUUAUAACAUUGAAAAAAGCAGAACAUUUGGACUUUAAGCAUGUAGUAUUUGGGUUUGUUAGGGAUGGCAUGGAUACUGUGAAAAAGAUUGAAUCAUUUGGUUCUCCCAAAGGAUCUGUUAGUCGAAGAAUUAGUAUCAUAGAAUGUGGACAGAUAUAAAAUCAUUGUUUUUCAUAGUAAAUUUUAAUCUGUAUAAGCAGUCUAAUUGAAGCUUAGCUGUUACAGACAAUAUGGUAAUUAUGUUCAGCUUUUGAAAAUGAACGUUUCCAAUGUAUAAAUGUAAAAUUGCAGCUUAUAGCUGUUGUCACUUUUUAAUGUGUUAUAAUUGACCUUGCAUGGUGUGAAAUAAAAGUUUAAACACUGGUGUAUUUCAGGUGUACUUGUGUUUAUGUACUCCUGAUAUCUGUAUUAAAAUGGAAUAAUAAUUAAUCUUGUUAUAAGCAAUAGACCUUUGCAGACUAUUGAAGGAAUAUGAUAUAUGCAGCUUAAUUUUAGUUUCUUUAGAGAUAUAUUUGGACUUUUUGCAUGGAUAUAUUUACCAUUUGAAUAAAGGGACCACACUUGGAUAAUUUAAUUUUAGAUCUGAAUUAUAUUUGGUAAUCUUAACUAUUGGUGAGUUCCCUUAUGCAUAGAGAUUCGUUUAUGAAUGGAUAGAGCCACAGAAGAUAUUUAACCAAAGUGCUCUUCAAUAAUCUUUACACCUCUUGUAUAGUUACAAAUUAAAUUUUAGAGCACCCUCUUAAAAUCUGUAGCUUCCUGUGCCCUUUCAAAGGUAAUGAUUUUACAUUUGAAACAAGUUGACUAUUAGUUGUUUUUUUUUUUUUUUUUAAACUUUUCUGUCAUCUGUCUCUACUACCUCAGAAACUUCAGCUUGGUCCUGAUGAUAGAAUUGAAUUUUUUCUUGUGAUAAAGUAUGAAUAUUUUCAAAAGGUCUAUACGAUGUUAUUUGGUUAAAGAUUUGCUUUAUACUAGAUUGUUGCAGUACCUUUUUCUGAUGAAUUUUGUAGCAGAAAUAAAGUGACAAUUGAUAAUA